CUUCACAAAUCAAAUUCAGAGCAGGCAUUUCUGGAACCUCCUCUCUGACCUUCGUCUUCAUCGAAUCUCGGCGUUGUCAGCAUCACCAGCAGACCUUUUAUCGCCAUUGCUGAAUACUUGAAACGACUCGCCAUGGAUCCCUCUGCAUUUGAAUCCGUCACAGGCAGCACAUUUGAUUCUCACCACUCACUAAAUAACCACGCGGCACUCGAACACUCUGCACAAUGUCGCAACAAAAAAGGAUGGCGGCGUGUUGUACUCAACUUCACCCCGAGCUGGUUCGCCGUCACAAUGGGCACCGGCAUCGUCUCAAUACUACUGCACAAUCUUCCCUACAACUCGAACUGGAUCUAUUGGAUUUCCGUCGUGAUCUUCGCGUUAAACGUCUUCCUGUUCGUGCUCUUCACGCUAGUGAGCUUGGUUCGAUAUGCGGUCUUCAGGGGCGUGUGGAGUUGCAUGACCAGCCAUCCGGUACAGAGUCUGUUUUUGGGCACAUUUCCAAUGGGUCUUUCGACUAUCAUUAACAUGAUCUGUUUCCUUGGGAGCAUAACCGCGGCCUGGCUACUUCCUAUCGUGGCUACAAUUGUUGCAGCUGCUUCAGGCGGUAUCGUUGCCUCAGUUCUCGAAAACGUUCAGCAUGCGUGGUGGACAGUUGUCUUCAGCUAUGUAAUGUGGGGCUGCGGCGUGUCGCUAGCGAUGAUCGUCCUCGUUGUAUACUUCACGCGCUUGACUCUCCACGACUUGCCACCUCGCGAGGUCAUUGUCUCCGUCUUCUUGCCUCUUGGCCCAUUUGGUCAGGGGGCCUUUGGAAUCAUGCAGCUUGGCAAAGUUUCGAUGGAUCUGUUUCCAAAGACAAACUCUAUACCAGCGGCUCCUUUUGCAGGACAGAUCCUGUAUACGGUUGGUAUCAUGAUUGCAUUGUUGAUGUGGGGCGCUGGACUCGCCUGGCUCUUCUUUGCAGUCGCAUCCAUUUCAAGAUCGAAAUUCCCUUUCAACAUUGGAUGGUGGGGCUUCACAUUCCCGUUGGGUGUGUAUACUGUUGCUACGACGACCCUCGCACAAGAGCUACCGAGUCUAUUCUUCAAGGUUCUUGGGACGAUCUUUUCUCUGACCGUGGUUGUGUUAUGGAUCAUAGUUGCUUCGAGGACAAUCGAGAGAAGUUGGUCCGGAGAAAUUUUCAAGGCGCCAUGCAUCAAAACUUGGGAAGAAGAGCAGAUACAAAAAGCGGAGAACAAGGACGAAGAAGCAAGGGAAAGUACUAAGGAGUCUGUAUAG